AUGGUUGGUAGGGCUUCUGUUGCGAGGGAACUUGGGUCCCCCGCUGCUCUCUCUCUCGACUUGACUCCCAGAGAAACACGUCGAAGUUCGUCUCGUGCAUCACGUAAAACAACACGUGAACCAGAAGCUCUUCCUUCGAACUUAUCCCACUCUUCUAUCUCAUUGCCCCCUACACCUGUCACCACGUCAUUCGAAGAACAGCUCCCAUCUGCCAAACGUCGCAAGACGCAGCGUUCUGCCACUGUAGACGAGAAGACAAGUUCGAAUCAAGAAUCUGCCCAAACCCCGAAUCAACAAGGUUCUGGUGGUCCCUCGCAGAUAUCCAACAGCGUCUCUAAGAAAAGAGGACGCGGCAGGAAAUCGGCCUUAGCCAACGGUGAGACCGUGCAACCUGCAACUCCUACUUCCAAUCCCAAGCAACAGUCACAGUCGACGUUGCAUAACUUUCUGUCAAGAACACUCAAAGAUCGACGCAAGUCUCUUGCUACUCAAAACCCGUCACCAAACCCCACCAUGUCUACUUCUCACGUCUCCUCUCCCGCCAUGAACUCUUCUGCUUCCAACAGCCGCAAGACGCGUAAGUCUAUGCCAGCAAAGCUGAACAGCUUCGAGAACAGCGAGAAGACUUCUUCCGUGGACUCUACCUCUUCUCUCACUUCUACACCCAACGCUCAGAGCGGCAAAGCCGAUAAAGCUCCCGCUAAUUCUGCUGCGUCUGCCAUUACUGCUGAAGCUGCUGAAGCCCAGGAGGCUAGCACCAAGCUUGCAACACCUGCUACGCAGCCUCACUCUACUCCUCGUACUAUGACUGCCAGAUCUCGUCGUGCCGAACGCAAGUCCAGAGCGAUGGCUGCGACUCAGAAUUCCAAAUCAGCGCAGUCUACUCCCGUCUCUGCAGUGAAUUCAAGCAGUUACAAGCCUGCCCAUUCACAGGUUGCUACUCGAACCAGUUCGCGACCCCAGCGAUCUACUCGAAAGUCUGCAAUCAACGCCGCAAGCCAGGCCGUGGAUGACGCUUCUCUUGAAACGCCUUCUGUCUCAAAGACACCCUUUGGCCGCGAGGUUGCUGACAGCAUUGAAAGUACCCCUGCUCUUGACAGCAAGGCUGAAUUCGACACCAUGUCUGGAUACGACUUGGAUACCCCCGGAAUCGAACGCAGUACUCCCUACGGCGAAAGUUUUCCUUUUGAAUACCAUGCUGAUAUGUAUGGAAACAAAUUUGGUCUUGAUGGCUCCAAUGAGGGCCCAGGAUCCCCAACUGCCAGCUACUCAACCACUACGUCAGCUGCGCGCACAUCUGGAAGGACCCGAAAGCCUACCAUCAAGGCUAUGGAAUCUUUGGAAUCUGAAAGGCGCUUCCGCAGAAACCGUGCACCAUCAUCUAAGCCAGAGUCUGCUCUCAAGGAAGUAAAGGGCAAGGCAGCAGUCAAGAAGACGCGUGCCAACAAACAGGCCAAUGCGAAAACAGCUGGUAUUGCACAGGCGUCGAAGGCAGGCAUCGAUGGAAAAUGGGCAGUUUUAGCAAAUCGCCUUCUUGACCUGGCCGCGGCAGCUGUUGCUCCAGAAUUUGAGCCGUCAUCGGAAGCCGAGGGCUGGGUCGAGGAGCUACGCAAGGAGUACAUGGAGAAGCAGGAGAAGAAGACCGAGACUCCAGCGGUGCAGUCCGAGGCGGAGCCCGUGACCGAGGCCGCAUCCGAAGCGCAGCCCCAGGCAGAGAUCGGCGUUGAGGGAUCAAGUAAGCCAAUCUCUACGUCCGAGACGCACCGGUGGACUGACGAGGAUGGGUUCGUUUUUACAGGCCAAACAAAUAAAUUUGGCGAAGAGCUUGUCGUUGUCGGCGAAGGCUAUUCUUGGUUCCGCCCUAACAACACCUACGGAGACAAAUUGCUCCCCCAGCCUCCAAUUCGUCUGAAGUCUCAUGAACAGUUCGAGAAGGACCGCAUCUUCGGUUAUCCCCCACGCAUGGGAGAGCGCAACUUGCCUCAGGAUAACAAGAUGCCUUUCUUCUUCGAGAAUGUAGACGAGGUCAAGGCGACCAUCAAGGCUCGGGAGGAGGCCCGCAAGAGAGGAAUUGCCGUCGAUCGAAUGAUGCCGGCUGCCUACAUCCAAACCUUGAUCGCCCAGCACGAUGAAACCGCCCCGAAAGAUGGUCCAGGCGAAGUGAAAGAGGCCAAAGAGACCAAGGAGCCGACUCGCAAACGGCGCCGCGGCGGCGAAGCCUCAGAAACCACUCAAGUGCCCAAGCGACGCCGGAGGGAGCCAGAGCCGGAACCAACUCCACCCGCUGAGCCGCCCAAGACGCUGCGCAUCAAGCUGACCUUGAAGGGAGGAGCGGGCGCAGCGACCAGAAAGCGAUCCUAUUCUGAGAUGGAAGAUCAGCCCGCCGACAUGAAGCCUGCUGAAACGAAGCCCGCCGAGGGGAAGAGUCAGCAGGAACGGUCCAGCCCUUCGAAAAUCCUGAAGCUCGGUCUGCGUCGCAAUCACACUCAAGAGAUGAUCAGACGCACGACUCCAGAAGAUCUUGCGAUGAGUCCCCCCGAACCACCCAAAGACAUGUAUGAGGCUUUUAAUGUAGCUCCCCCUCCUGGACCGCCACCCCGAAACUACAACACAGCUCCUGGAGGACGUCCCCGUCGCCGUGCUGCGGCUGCCCUGAUUGCAGAAUUUCAGAAUCACGCCGAGGAGAGGGCUCGUCGCGCCAACGCACGCAAACGGAACGUUCCAUCGGACAAACCUGACGAUCCUAAUACUAAACCCAACGGCCAGCCGAAUGGCCAACCCAACUGA